AGUGGACACUCGCGGGCUUCGCUCCCCCCUUUGCUUUGCGGGGAGCCGUUGCCAUGAAGGAUUCGCUCGUUGCAUUUAGCAAGUGGUAUGACCUGCAGAUGAAGGCGAGGCCUUUGGCGACCAAGGCCUUGACCUCCGCGCUGCUGGCGGCCUGCAGCAAUGUUGUGGCUCAGAUCAUACAGCGCAAAGCAGCCUGGCGAGAAGUGCUCAGCUUCUCCAUGCAGGCGUUGCCGCCAUACUCGCACUUCUGGUUCCAGCUCUUGGAGAACCAGCUCGGGCCGGGCAGAGCCGCCCUGAAGACGGUGCUGGAUCAGUUGCUCUUCCGGCCGGUGAUGCUGUGGUACUGCUUCGUCACCAGUGGACUUCUGAGCGGAAAGCGCUGGACUGAGGUGAAAGAAAACAUCCGCUGCAACUUCGCCAAGGUCGUGGUCAACUCCUGGAAGGUUUGGCCUGCGGCGAUGUGGCUCACCCAGAAGUACGUUCCGCCGCUCUACCAGUCCACGUCCACAGACCUGCUCUCCUUCUUUUGGGAUGUCUACGAGAGCUUGGCAGUGGCAGGCUGAGCAGCGACAUACACCCAAAAUGGUGGGCCGAAUAUUUCCUGGUUGAAACCCCUGUUUGUA